AUGCCGCUGCUGGGCGGGUUCACCAUGGCUACCCACCCGCGCCUGAAGGGUUACUUUGAGAUGCUCGCACUUCGUGUGCCAAUUGCGGCGGUAAAGGCAAAAAUGAUGGCGGAUGGCCAUGAACCAGGAUGGCUUGACACUCCCGAUGCUGUGGCUCCGCCUAUGCUAGGAUCCAUGAGCGGGGUUCUGGACGAAUCGGACUGA